AGGUCCACGUGUGCCCCCAGGUGCCCAUCACCCAUUUUGAAGUCCAUAAAUUUCCCUUAUACAACAACUAAUUCCUUAUAAUUCAUGACUCAUGUAGACGUAGAGGUAGUUUACCUCAAAAAUUGGGAUAGGGAUACCGAGGCUUACUUUUGGGAUAAGCUGCUCCUAGUAGUAGAGACAUAUUUCGUGCUUCUGGGAUUUUUUGGGUGGGAACGUUGCAGUUUUUUUAAUACGAAUUAAUGAAUUUAUUUCCUUGAAGCAAACAAGAAGAAGUGGCCAGUGGAAGUGUCUACAUCAGUCUAUUUUAUUUAUCCACUGACGAGACCAGCAAGAAGUUGUAGGUCGUUGUUGUAGGCUCAUACUAAGGUACUGAUAUUCUUUCACAUCAUUCAUUUUUUCUGAACUUUUGUUUCAGAAUUAUAAAAAGAAAAUCCUCCUUUAUUUUUCUUUAUCGAGAUAGCUACGACUACAAUGGCGGGAGGUUCAUCUUCGGAAACUAGGUCUGGUUCCAAGCGCGGAAGGAGCCCAGCUCGGUCGCCGGCGCCACCCGGAUCACGAGGCGGAAGUCGUGGAGGGCAGACUGCGGGAAUGAGUGACAAGGAGAAGCGACAUCUGUACCGGCCCCACACGCAAGCACAGGAUCUGCUUCAGGAGACGAGCAAGGCUUUACAGGACUCGGUCGAGGUCCUCAUCGAGCACGAGUCUGAGUGGCUGCGUGAGAAAGAGGAAUUUCGGAAGUACGGCCUCAUCUCGGUUUAUCCGGAUACCAGGGAAAAACUUAAGGCAAGAAGAAGGAGAAAUUUUGAAAUUGUCAUUGACUAGGUUUCAUUUUCUGCACGAUAAUCUUGGACUUGAAUAAUCAGAGGUGGAGCCUGCCACACUGACAAUUUAUUAGGAGCACCUCUAACGGCGUUUCGUUUAGGUGGGACUCAUCUAUGAUGGAAUGAAGUAAGUAGAUGAAUCAAUAUAAGUUUUUUGUCGAUCAUCACAAAUACAUCACUGAGAAACUACAAUUAUGACUUCUUUGUCCUACAACUGCCUAAUCACGCUUCUAAGAAGUAGCAGUUUUUGCGGCAAGUGCGGCGACAAGUUGAUCAAACCGAGGCUAAAGGUGUAAAGGACAGCAGCUUUAAUGUUCCAGAAAAUAGUGAGGGCGACGGAAUGGCACUUCCACCACCAGGCAAAGCAGGUGGUAGAGGGUCCGAACAUGAAGAGCGGUAUUCGCCUGUGAAAGAGCGAACGGAGCUAUUGCGACUCGAAAAGGAGUUUUUUCCAGAGAACAAUGCUCUCGCCGCAGCAGCUCAGCGCGGAAAUGGUAACUUGUCUGCUCCACCUGAAAGUGGUGAUUUCUCUGUUGGCGUGCAUAACAACAAAGGAAAGCGCCUCGAUGCCAGUAAGCGGACCACCGGAGGAAGGACAACCGCGACACCGUCGUCCGAGGACAACAAUUACUGCUCCUCCGCAGCAGGAGCGGGCGGCGCGUCUUCGGCGGACUACUCACAGCCUUUGGACGACGAAGUUGCGGAUGUAGGGACCAACAUGAACGCAGGUGAACAGGUGGAUGAUGAACCAAGUAAGGUAUUAUUUGGUGUUGAGCUGCUCGACCGCAGUCUACUCGUGUCGUCGAUGGAGGAGCUGGAAGAGGGAGAUCCUUCUACCGGUGAAAAUGACGUUGAUGGUGAUGGUGCAGAUCUGCUUCGACCUCGAGGUAUGAAAGUAGACCCAGCCGCUGAUGUCGAUGAUGAUGAACACCAGACUGUCAAGACCUCAAUAGGAGCCGAAGAACAGUUACUCGACCGUCCGUCUAUGAGUGGUGCUGAAGGAUCUUCUCGAACUACCACACGACGAGAUACAGCCUCGAAAGAAAUUGAAAUCUUAACAGAGAAUAAAAAGCAGGACGACGAUCUUGUUGAUGUUCAUGUUCGUCGUGUGAUGUCCAACGAGCAAGAGUUUUUUUCAACCUCUAAAAAUGAUGAGAGACGAGAGGACGAGAAGACGAGUUUCGCUGAAGAAGAUGUUCGUUCUCGUUCUUUACAGGAGGAUUCGAAGACUGACGAGGUGGAGGCAGGGGAUCGUGCUCGUUUGGCUGGUCGUGAACCUACUACAUCAAAAUCUAUUGGUUCAACUGAUCAUGAAUCUUCAGCAGGAAAGUAUACAACUGGUGUUGUUGAUGGCGAGGAAACUGCUCCUUUGCCUGACAUUUUGACCUCUCGUCCCAAACCGAGCAAUGUGGUGAAGCUUGCUCCUUUGUCACAGGUUCGUGGCCCCUCUGCACAUAAUUCUCCGAACGAAAUUAAAGAGCGGGUCGGUGAGGGCCUAGAAUUGCACUCAAGUACCGAGGACCACGAGGACGAGACCACGAACGCGACAACGCGACCCGGGACUAGCCAUACCAGUGGAAGUCAAGGUACGCGCCCGACUACAACGAGCACCGGGACGCGCCCGACGACUACGGUAUCGGGAAAACGCCAGCACCAAACCACUCCUGUCAGUACUCUGGACGAAAACGUGUACCACGAUCAUAGCGUGGUCCUCGCUGGAGAAGUAAAGCAAGCUCUUUACCGUGCUGCCCACCCGUCGGCACCAAUCAAGUCGACGCGCAGGUCGCACACUUUGGCGUUGAAACUCCCCGAAAUUCCGGAAGAUCGUCGCUCCAUUCCGCCAGUGCCGGUUCAUAACACCUCUGCGGAUCAUCAGUUAGACCAUGAAGGGCUGUCGCACCGACGAUCCUCUAGUACUUUGGUAAUUACGAAAGCCGCAAAACAUAGCGCGACUACAAAGAAGAAAAGAUCUGCGUCUUCGGGGACAAGCGCAAAAGCAGGACAACCGCGCACGAAACCUGUACCGAUAGAGACGGUGUUCGCGGAAAUCGAUCAGCUGUUCAAGCGCAAGCCGAAGCAGAAUUCCAAGAAAAAAGCGGCAGCUUCUACUUUCCAAGAGGACACCUCGAAGUCGCCUCUUGAACAAAGUGAUAAAGCACGGGAGUCGUCGUCUGUAAAAAAGCAACAAGGUGGAGAGAACGACAUUUCUACUCGAGGACUUUCUGCUUUUAGAACUAACGCAACUACAAAUAUAGAUAACUCGAAUACAACUACAAGAACAAAAAAUCAUGUCGUCGAUCGUGGUCAAGUAGAGGCUCGUGAAAAGAGUGUAGUCGCUGUUGACGAGGCUCCGUCGCGCUUCCCAUCGUUGAAAGAACUUCGAACGCCACAUGUUUGUAACGCAAAAUUGCUGUUGAGACAACUGGAACGUGAGGAGCGGGAAGAAAUUGCGCGUAUAGCUGAAUGGCAAGCUAUCUUAGAAAAACACGAUAAAGAUACUGUUGCGCAUAGAGACCUCCCUUCAUCUCCCUCUUCUAAGUCUAGAGAAGGUAGUCCUAGUGCGCUAGAAAGAAAAAUGUCCACCUCCAUCGUGCCCGUCCCGGGCGAGAAGGCCAACGAACACCCACCGAUACCAGACUGGCUCUCCACAAAGUCGCUCGUGAAAAGAAGGUAGAUAUAUACUCCCUUGCUUACAACGAACUUUGAAAUGGGAAAAAAAAAUGUAACUGCAAAAUCAUUAUCAAAAUGUAUAUCAUCAAGAUCAUCAACAAAGAUAAGUACAGGUACAGGAGGAGCAGAGAUCUUUAUUCAGUCACGGUUUUUUAGCUGUAGAUCAUUUAUAUCAAAGACAUCACGGAAGUACUUCUGCUUAAUCCACAUAUCUGAUUUUCAGGUAUCUUCCAGCAUCAACGGGAAAUUUGCAUGGAUUGCAAGCUGGCGAAUUCCAUUCGACGAAAUGGCCAUUGCCGAAAAUGUUUGGUGAGGAAAAGUAUGCCUACUCUCUCAUCGAUAUUGAGGAUCCAAGGUAUCACAAUAAGAGAAUUUUACGCUUACGUUGAUGACGCACGUUUUUGUAGUACGUAUUCCUACUUGAUGAACCUAUUUCUGAGAGUGUUGAGAAGAUGCUGCUCGUUUUGAAUAUUGUGUUGAGGACGUCGGUGGGUUCGUAUAGAUCCUGAGAACUAUCAACAUCAAUUUUACUCUCUUGCAAGCAUCAAUCCAAGAGAAUAUUACCUCGACUUUCCAGGUAUGUCGACGAGUGCGCGAACAUGGGGAAACAGUUGAUCCAUUACUUCUAUGAUCAGCAAAUUUUCGACCUCAAGUGGAGAGAAACGUACUUCUCAUCGUUUUUGGAGAAAUUUGAAAAAAGCUCGCUAACGCUUUCACGAUCAUCGCAUAGAGAUUAUGAUUAUGUUAUGACAAUGAAUAAUAUAAAUAUGUUGAUCGCUUUCAUCAACGCCAACCAGCUAUUGCUUUGUUUAUUUGAUGGAGCCAGCUUUCUUGAUGAUCCACCAUUUGCAUAUUUUUAUGUAAGUAUCCAAUUUUCAGGUACAAGCAGCUUAUCCGUGCAGAAAAGAGGCGAGCGAACUUGCCAGCUCUAGCAUCGAACAAGGCAAAAGACGAACUCGACGGGAACGUGAAGAAAUUCAAGAAGUACUUAAUACUUUCACUCAUUUUUGAAAGGUUUAUCGUUAAUCAAUCAAUCAAUCAAUCAAUCAAGUUAUCGUCUUCUACUUGCUGUUGCUUUUUUUGCCUCUACGGAAAUGAAUCUUCAAUUCGCUUUAAAAGUACAAGAACGGAGACAGAGCUUGGGUAGAAACAAGGAGAACACAUUCUACCUUUCUUUUCGUCGACGCAACUUCAUACACCUUGUAAUGGCGUCUACAUGAUCAUGAUCAUAGGAGGAGUACCCUCUCCAACUGCAAGACUCCCUCACUCAACGCCGACAACAUGACGAAGCAUCGAACCUUCAGGUAUUUGUUGGAGUUGCAGGAGCAGAGGGAUUUGUACCAAGGGAAGAUCGAUGGGAUCUUCGAGCGAUGCGCACAAAUCAAACGAUCAAUCAAGAAAGAGAAUGAUCUCGAAGAACUGCGUAUGGAGAUGACUGGGCGAGUCAAAGCCAAGUUUUCGCAGGAGGACGGCUUCUGGAACACACAGUUCAACUGCACGCGCCCCGACGAAGCAAGAGGUAACUCAUAAAUGAUGAUGAUAGGUGAGUAGUGGUAUUGGCAUUCAACUUCAAACGGCUGUUCAUCCACAUCAUAGCCUUGCUUAUGAACCUUUACUGCUCUGUCAUACUGUUGGUAACAAAAGAAACGUGCUUCUAGAAAAAUGUGGUCUUCUAUCUUUCUACAUGAUUCUCCUACGCCUACUCGUGUCCUCGAUCUUACUCCUUGUCAAAAAAAUCAACAUUAUUUACUUAUACUUUAGGUUCGGAUGAGGAUCUGCUUUUGUCGGACUAGGUGGCGAACGCUGCGUCGAGGACAUUUGUGACGACUCUCACAGAAAUUGAAGUUGCGACCCCGCUCACAACAAAAAAAUGUACGGAGAAUUAGAGGAGAAUUAUGGAUCCGAAGAGCAAGAAUCUUAUGACUCAAAUAAAAUACACAGAACUCAUUGACUGGUAUGAAGACUUUUGACAUUUCUGGCAUCUGACACCGGGCACAUAAACGUGUCAUAAAAUUAGAAUAUGAAUAAUGAUUUAUCAGCAGAUCAUAGUGACACGAAGCUCGAAGCAGCAUAUGCACAACUAGUUAUUGUAAGGCAAUCAUGUACGUGAAGCAUAAAAUGAAUGUUGAUGAAAACUUGAGAAACAAUUAGAUACAGCUUAUUUAUUAGGAUUCGAAUUCGAUUUACACACUAUUAAUGAGGAUAGGAACAACUCAGUGCAUAGUUGUAUCAUUUCAAGACGAUCAGGCCGUAGCGAAGAGAUAGAGACAGGUGUUGUUCGUAGCGCAGGCCCGUGGCAUCCAGUGACAACAAAUUAAAUCAAUGAUUUAGAUUUUUAUAGAGCUAGAAGUAGUAACGGUCGCAUCAGGCACCAGGAGAUGCACCAAGCAGACGUUCUUGAAAUGAAGACCACACAUGUAGCACGGUGAGAUUCAAUAAGCACAAGAAAGGACCUGUCGAUGAUCUCACGCGAGCUGUUCUUUCUUUCACGACCAAUUGUUAAUGUUAGACUAAAGAGAUGUCGAGAAAAGCAACAUGUAAAAUAUUUUGGGAAAGGACCCGUCCAUGAUCAAAUAAAACCCUAAAGCGGCAUGCUUAGACCACAUAGCACUCAAAAAGACAAAAAGUGUCAUGGAUUUUUAAAACGACUUCAGCGGGUGGGAUAGAAAAAAUGAUGAACAACUCGAAAAGAAUUAUCUUGCGCACAUACAACGAACCUAGAGGAGAAAGUGAAGCUGGACCGAUAACAAAAAUUGUCAGGUGGGCUUACUUGCCUCCGCACAUACCGCGUAACCGCCUCUUUUUCAGUGUUUUUUGGACGCAGAGAGGCGCUGACGCUGGGCGAGUCUAUGAUGAUGAAAAUGAGUUAUAUAUACAAUGGGGUGG